AUGGGAAAUUGGCUCUCGUCGGUGUUUUUUAAUUUCGAUUCGUUUCUGUUCGCCGUGACGGGCGUCUCGUUCGACCGACGUCUCUAUCUUCGCGCCUAUCAGUUGUCUUGUUCGUUUUCUUCCAUUGAGGAGGAGUAGCAAAACAACUCCACGCAGUUUUCGAACAUUUCCAUGCGUUUCAAAUUUUUUCAAGAGCUUCAAAAAAUUUCAAAACUUUAUUUUUUAUGAAAAAAUAGAGCUUGUUUGAAAAAAAAAAAACGCGAGAGUUUGUAGUUCUUUGCAAAGUUCUUUCUUUUCGAAAAAGGAUUAAAACGAUUGACCCGAUAAGAAAGGACCGCUCCGGCCAUUUCUUAUCUUUUAUUGAUAAGAAAAGCUUCGAAACUGGUUUUCGCCAGGUGUUUGGUCAUUUUUCUAGGGUAGUUUUUGGCUUUUUCCGGCUGUUUUGACGUUUUAAGUGUUGAAAAUCGGUUUUUUCAGAAGUUUAUUUUGCAGAAAGCCACUAAAACGCGUUUUCAGCCAGUCUUCAAUUUAAAAUUGUUUUUACAGAAGAGUAAAAAUUGACUUCUAGGAAAAAAUUUCAAAAACUCAGUUUCCAGCCGUAAUUUAGUCAAUUUUUUCAGUUUCUCUGCUCAUUUGAAAAUGAUUAGAGCAUUUUUUUUCUCUAUUUUUAUGUGAUUAGUUGGUUUCUCAUUUAUUCUGACUUCUUUCAGAUAAUCGAAAUUACUACGAUCCUUCGGGAUUAUUGACGGCCGCUGCACAGAUCGCCGCCACGGAAAGAAUGUCCAAAAGGGUUCGAUUUUAUUUUUAUUCUAAAACAUAUUUAAAUGUUUUUGUUUUUUGCAAAAAUAUUGGUAUCUAGCUUUAUUUUUCAUCAUAUUUUCGCGUGUAUUUGUAAUCAUUUGCAUUUAUUUUUUUCAUUUCAGAGAAUAGUCAUCCUUAUGUAGUAAAACAGCUAUUUUACUAAUUAUUUUUUUCAACUGUGCAGGUUUUAAAAUUAUAGGUGCCCCUUUGCUCUAAUGAUAAUUGUAGUGCUCGGGUUUUUUUUUUUUUUGGAGACCUCUUUUAAAGUUUUUUUGGUUUGUGCGCUCUGAUGAGCAAUCCGAGUCGCCUUGAAAUUUUUUCUGAUAAUUUUGGGUGAUGGCAUUUUUUACCAUAACUUUCUAAGUUAGAAGAAAAAAACUGAGUCUCAACAUUGGAGAGUCUCCAAAAAAAUCUCAUUUUAUCUUCGUAGCUUGAAUUUUUUCAAAAUUUAAUCACCUCCACUUAUUAUAUACAAAAAGCCACCUAAAAAAAUUUUUCAAAAAUUUUUUUGAUUUUUUUCCUUAUAUUCCGAGAAAGUCUACUACGAAAAAUUUUUUUCAUAGAAUACAGGAAAUUUUUUUAUUUAAUCCACAUAUUCAGAUCCGCCUCAAUUUUUUAAUAUUUUCAAAUAUUUUAUUAAUUCUUUUUUAUGUAGUAUUUGGCUCAAUAUGUUCUUCUAACACGCAGUAGCCAAGUAAUGGAGAAAAUAGCUUUAAACUUCAGAAAAGUUUUGAUUAUUCUGUAUAGAAGCAGAAAGCUUUUGAGACAUCAAAAUCACUUUAGAAACCUCAGUUUUCCAAACUAAGAAAAGAAAGGGAAAAUAGCAAAAGUCAUCACUUCCUCGGCCAGAAUAUUUUCGUGUCAAGAUAAAAAAAAAUCUUCACGUGGGCGCAAUUUGGCUUCUUCGAAGCGAAUAAGAUUGAAAGGCGGAAAGUCAUCAUUUUCCGUUUUCUUUCAGCGAUCUGAACGGUCGGAAGAGUUUACCUCACGUUUCUCUGGGUGUUCUUUGUACCCUGCCUCUUUUUCACCGAGAAAAAAGGUCUCAGGUUUUUUUUUCCUAGGUGUGAUACAAACUGAAACUUGCACUUUUCAUUCUGAUCUAGUUGUUCGCUCCAGUGUAGUUUGGUUCUCUGCAAAGAAAUUCCCUUGUCAUCAUUCCUUUUGGCCUCGGCUGCAGAAGAAAAAGUUUAAAGGAACAGUUUUUGGCCUCUUUUUGAGCUCUUCGAGUUUAAAGCAGAUUUGCUUGAAAAUUGAUUGUUUUUUGUUUCUAAAAGGGAAAAUCGCUACAAAAAAGCGGUUUUUAAUGAUGUUUUGCGCUCUAUGGAAAUUUCUCAGUUUAUUAUACUUGAAAGACAUCAAAAUGGUCGGAAGUUACCAAUUUAGCUCCGUAAAUGUAUUAAAAAAAUAUCGAUCUUUUUGCAAAAACACUAUGGAAUAAUAAUUUUUUUCCUGAUUUGACUUACAGGUAAAGCGAUAGGGAGUUUUUCUUCAAAGUUUUUUUAACCCAGCUAAAAAUUUUUCAACGAUUUUUCAGCUUUUCACAGCUAAAAAAAUGUUAUAAAUAAAAUCAAUAUAUGUUCAAAAGUUUCGAUAAAACUGGAAAAAAACGUCUUGAAUCGUAAAAAUUUUUCCCCGCUCCAUCAAGAAAAAAAAUUCUAAAAAAAUUAUAUUUCGUAGUUUCUAGCUUUUAAGGAGACAUAAAUGAAAGUCAUCAUUUCGUUGUCGCCAGUACGACACUUUUUUUCUCAGAAUUGUCCACGAAAUUAGAAUUUUCCCAUAACCAUACUUUGCUCUUCUGAUAAAUGAUUGAAAAAAAACUCGCUUAAUGAGGAAAAUAUUUGAAAUUCGCCUUUUUUGUAUUUUUUGUGAAUGAAAUUCUACAUAAUUGAAACGGGGCAGCUGUUUUCUGCAGCAUUUUCGCGCUCUCUUGAUAAACUCUGGGAUUUUGUGCAUUUUAACGUGUUCGAAAGUGAUGAUAAUGAAAAGUCAUCAUUUUUUUUUCGUGAGGCUCACAUGGAAUUUCCAGCUAUUCCUUCAACUUUUUGCGCCCUAUGAAUGAAAGAAGUAUAUUUUGUCAAUAAGUGAUGAUCCCGUAGAGUCCGAAUAAUUUGAGGGAGGCUAUUUUUCACAAUGAUUUUCCGCUCCAUUGAUAUAUCCCGUUUUGAAUAAUAUAAAUAGGAUUUUUAUUCUUUUUUUGCGCUCUGAGGAUUAAUUCAAGGUUCUUCCUGUGAUUUUCAAUUUUUUCAAGUGAUGAUAAUUCAAUGUCAUCGUGUGGUCUUAGUUUGAUCUCUAUGGAUGGAACGGCUAUUUUUGUCAGAAAAGCUAUAUUUUUACACUUCAAUAAAAAAAAAUCCGCUUUUUCGUGAGUUUUGGUCAUGGAAUGUCAUCAUUUCGGGUUUGAGAUAUAGCUAUUAAGCGGGCGACUAUUUCUGCCAAGGUUUUUUUUCCAAUUGGGAAAAAUCGAGGCUAUCUUGAUUCCCAAACAUUGGGAACCUUAUUAAUGUCUUUUAAAAAAAAAGAUGGCCAUAUAAAAGUCAUCAUUCUCGAGGCCUCAGUACAGUAAUUUUUGAUGUUUGUUCAUUGUUCGCCGAGUUCCAGAGAUUGGGUUUGUCAUCUGUUUGGGAUCUUUACCGAUUUUCAUUUUGUUUUGUCUGGCAAACUUUGUUUAUCAGGGAUUUCUGACAAUUUAGCCUCCAUGGGGAGUUUAGUGUCCUUUCUGUCGGCUUCUGUAGUCUGUCUGGUGAAUAAUUUUUCAAUUCCCAAAAUUUUGUAGCUUUCUGUAGGGUUUUCCGAUUAGUUACUUAAUUUGCAGUUACUCAUUAAAUAUGUUUCAAUGAGUUCAUCCGAAAAAAAUAUAUGAAAAUUGAGCAUUUUCUAGUUUGAUGAUGGUGGUUUACUUUACGCUGAAAAACGGACCGAAAAGACUCUCGGACCCACUUUUUCCUUAAAGAACAACCCCGAUAAAGACGCUUUAUAUUGGAUUUAAAUCUUCAUCUGAAUUAUUUAUUUACUCUUCGAAAACCUACUAGUUACUAAUUGGAUUAUUGUUUCUAGUGUCGCUCUAUAGAAAAAAAGUAAUCAUUUUUCUGAAGUACAUGAUCAGUUUUUUUCAGGAUAAUUAGUAAUUAAAUGGAAAAAAACAGGAAAAAAACGCUGUUAUAGUCAACCUAUAAAAUAAUAAUAACACAUUCAUUUUAUUCACCAGGAAUUCUGUCUGUUGUUUGAAACUUUCAAAGUACUUCGAAUUGAAGACGUGGAAGUUUUUAUUUGUAUUGAAAGGUGUAGUUUGGGGAAACCUGAAGCUUUAUGUAGUUUCAAGCUAGAAAUGUUUGUCUAUUUAGAGCGCUGAUAUAAUUUUGAAUCUUUUCGGGUGGUUUUUCAACUCUCUUAUAAGCCUGGUAUUCCAACAGUUAGCCAUUUUUGCGUUAAGUUUGCUGGCUCAUCUGGCUCUUUUUUUUUGAAUCAGAAAAAGGCUUUUCUGCUGGAGCUUUUCCGCUCUAACAAUAAUAAUUUUCCAACAUUCUUUUGCAAAAGUCAGAUUUUUCCAAAUCCCAAUUCAAACCAGUUACUGAGUUUUUACCGUUAAUUUCACUCGAUAGGAAGUAAAAUAAAGGGAUUUGUUCAGUUCUACAAGUUAAGGAAAAUAAAAAGUCGAAUUGUGAAAGUACUGUAGACGUUACGAAACUGAUGAAGGUUUCAACAAGCCUGGGGGUAGGAUUUCUCAUUUUUCGUCGAAAAGGCGAAAAACUCCGAUUUUUCUUCAAAGAAGUUUAUUUUUCUAGUAAAGCACCCAGUUUUCAAGACUUCGGGAAGUGUUUUUAAGAAAGAAAAGCCUUUUUUGAGAGUAGAUUCUCCUUGCGAUGUUUUUUCAAGAAAACGACAAAGACUUGAUAAUUUGAAAGGACCGGUUUUUCUAUGUCUUAUUUUUUAAUUUUCUGAACCUGAUUUCUUGACGAAAGCUCCCUCUCAAACGAAUGGAAAUCGCCAGAAAUUUUUAUCAUUUCUCACCAAAGACCACACUUGUAUUCUGUGUGGUUUGUUCGUCGUGUAGUGUCCAUUUUUGCGACGGCCCUCCUUCGAAAUUGUCAUCAUUUUUCUCCUUCCACCUCCUUCUUCCCUUCAAUCGACUGAAGAUACGUUCUGGCCUCCGUCUUUUCCUUGUUUGAACUCCAAUUUUCCGAGUUUCAAACUUCAACAAUGAAAAGAAAAUCAAAGAAGUCCUGCCUUUCCAGUAAAGUUGGUUUUUUUUUCAUAAGCUCCAGUUUUGUGUAAUGGUUUUAUCGAUUCUCUAGGAAUAUGAGUUGAUUUCAUGUCAAUAUUUUUUCUUUCUAAAGUGUUUUUAUCCGACAAUCUAAAUUUUUUUAUAUUAAAAUUCAAUUGAGCUCAAGGAACUCUGAUUGAUUUUUCAGGUUCCCAUUUAAAAAAAGUUUUUUUGGUCUACAAACCACAGUAUUUUUUUACUUAAAAGUUUUUCAAAAAAAUGCAAGAUACUAUUUUUUUAAAUUUCAUUUUUUUGGUUUGAAAUUUUUUUACGCGGUUAGGUUCAAAAGUUUAUAGAUUCGAAGUUUCUUUUCUCAUUUUUCGAAAAUAGUUACAGGACUUUGAUUCAUUUCCUUUUUCAGCACUUGAUUUUUUUUUUUUCACUACAAUUCUUUCUAAAAGCCCCUGUCACCUUUUUUUUUAAUUUUUUGUAAACUCUCAGCCUGAUUAUACCUGUUUAAUUUUUUUCGUCGAAACAUGAAUUUUGGAUUUUUAGAACUACACCCAAUCGAUUUUUGUAGCCUUGAGGCGUACUCGCAGACGAUAAGUUUCCUUAUAAUCCUUGGGAAAGCAAUAAAAGUUUUUUUUUUCAUGUAGAAGCGUAGGUUUUGAAGUUAAUUUUAGAAAAUUUAGAUCUUUUUUGGCUUCAUUUAUAAUGGAAUCAUUUUUUUGCAGAAGCCGUCCGCCUCUCAACCGGGCACUAGCGGCAUGUCGGCCUACAACGAUGACACGGAUAUGGUAACUUUCAUUUUUUUUUUCCUCUCAUAUAAAUUUAAUCAAUUUUUCUUAACGUUAGUUUGGGUAGUUUCUAGCUUAAUUGAAUAGAAAUCGGAGUUUAUGAGAAAAAAUCGUUACGUUUAUUUUUCUUUCAAAUCAUGCGAGAACCUACAAAAAAAUUUUAAUGAUGAUUACAAAAAUAGUUACGCGAAGAUCAAAUGAAAUGCUUUGUUUUGACACGCCGAAAAAGCCCUCAUUUCGAUUUUGAACUUUUCCCCGCUUUUUGUCAUUGUCUGGCUGGAUGAGAACGGCGGCCCCGCCCUUCUUUUUCAUGUUCAUUUUUCAUUUUCACCCGAAAUGAUGACAAUUCCUCCUCCCCCCCACGUGUUCUUCGUGUUGGAUUUUUUUUUUGAAGAUUUUCUAACUUUAAGUUUUCAAUCAAUCAACCAAUCAUUUUGAUUUCGAACUGGAUUCCUCGAUUCAUUACUCAAAUAAAGCUCAAAAAUUACAACUACUAAGAAUUUCCAUUCCCCGACAGUUUAUCAAAAAUGGUUACUGUGAGAAUAGUUUAAAGAUCAUCAUUUUUCGUUUCGAAUAUUGGAUUCUCUGGAAUUUGGCCUAAGUCAAAGGUGAAUCAACUAUCAGCACAUAGAAUUGUAAUCCCAUGGAAGAGUAAGAAACCGAUUUUUAGUUAUGACAGAAAAAAAAGUUAAGUUUCAACUUCAGAAGGUGGUGUUGACUUCAAUUUAAGAAUACUCGGGAAAAGCCGGUCUUCAAAAAUAAAUUGUCCAUGUGUAGAAAAAAAAAAAAGGAAAAAUUGAAUCUCAGAGACUCCGAGUAAUGACAUUUGUUUUCCAGGAGGCCGAGAUGAAGUCCGACGUGAGCGACUGGGACAACGACGACUUCACGACGUCAUCGUCGGACGAUGACUGUCCGAUCAUGACCAAGGAGCAGGAAGAGCAGAUGUUUGAACGAGAACGGCAGUUGGCUUUCCGCGGACGGUUGACUGUUGGAGAUCCUGAGGUGUGAAGUUGGGAAAAGUGGAGAAACAGGCCGUAGGGUUUUUACGUUACUUUGAGUGACUUCUCUAGGGCUGUCUAGAUCUGCUGAGUCUUAUGAAGAAGAGAUUGACUAAAAGUCAGGCAUGUACAGCUGUUGAACUGUUAUUUAGUGAGUUAUAGGAGACUCUUGAAGGACUGCUUAAGGGCUGCUAAAUUCUUCAAAGUGAUUUCUCUCUCUCAUUCCAAACAUCAAGAUGAAAUUAUCGAUUAACAGCCAGUUAUAUAGAGCUCCUAAGUGGCUCCUUCAGGGCCGCUGAAGAUUCUAAAGGGAUUUCUUUCCUAAUUACAGUCUCAUGAAGAAGUCGUUGGAUGACGGCCAAUCAUAAAUAGCUGUUAAAAACUCCUGAUUGGCUGUUUCAGGGCCUCUGAAACCAAUUGAUCAUCCAUAUCAAUAUCAUCAAGCUCAUAAUCUCUUUACAGAGCUUCGACCAAAUGAAAAGCGACAUCGAAUCGCGCUGUGGAGGAUGUCGACCCUCGACCAGCGUCGCCUUGAUCUGCCUUUCUCGCGAAAUCGGCUCCAGAGCUGGAAAACUGACUACCAACAAGAAACAGCCGUUGUCCAGUGGGGCGCAAGUCGCCGUCAACAACAGCUUCUUCCCGAACUCGCGCAAAGUAGUCCAGAAGAUCCAGAGCAAGACGUUUUGCUGUCAGUACGUCAAGGAUGGACGCGAGCUCGUCGUGGCUAGCCAAGGUGUUUUUUUAGAGGGUGUUUUCGCGUAGGUGCUUGUUUAAAGCUAAAAGUUUAGCUUUUCUUAAGAAACGUGCAGUAUAAGUUGUAGUUGUCAUGAAUUCUGAAGCGACCACUGAGAGCAAUUGAAGUGGCCUUUUAAGAGGAAAAAAUUUUUUCAUGUUACCUUUACACGAAAAACACGGUUUUCCUUUGAAGAAUGUAUGAGUUCCCAAUAAAGGAAAUGAUUGCCCGAAGUGAUCUGUUCAGCGAUUACUUUGUUUCUAACUUUUUGAAUUCUAAAGAAUAAAAGUUUUCUUUAUUGGUUAUCUCAACGUUAGCUUUUUCCAAUGAUAAAAAGCUGUCAAUAAGAAAUUUCAACUAAAUUCAAUUUUUUUCAAUUAACUUAUACUUGCAGACGAAAAGAUACGAUUCUUCAAAAAAGAUGCACCCUACGAGAAACGAUCCAAUCGCUACGUCUUACAGAAGGAAUUUCAAGUGAGUUUUGAGGUUUUCAAAAGGUUCGGGCUGAUUUUAAUGCAAAGAUUGAUAUGAAUGAACUAGAUUGAUUUUGAAGAAAAAUUGAUAGUUUCAGGCCAGUUUCUAAGUGAAAAUUCAAAAAUAUGAUGGACGAUUAGUAAUGACCUCGCUAUAUCUUCAAGAGCAAGAGAUUUAAAUUUUAGUAGUUUCUGAAGAUUUUCUUAUUGAACUAGAGUGUUUUACACAUAAAAUAGUUUUCUCUCAACAUUUCAUUCAAUUUUCUCAAGGUCCAAGCCUGUGGUUGGUCGAUUCUGGACGUCGCGUUGGACCGCGAGGGAUCUUCUUUGAUUUAUGGAGCCUGGGUCGAUGCCGUUUUCUAUGGAAGGUAGGAACUUGAACGAUAAUCGAGAAAUAUUUGAGAUUUUUCGCAGAUUUACCGAGCCGUCGGCAGAAAAUCCACCUGGUGUUACCUGGCAUACGAUGAGGAUCCCCGAUGAAUAUGAGCAGUGAGUUUAUUUUUGUUCUUGAAAAAAAAAAGAGGUUUUGGAGCUUUCUUCAGUAGGUGUAGCACAAAAUUUACAUAAAAAAUGUUUCGCGACUGUGAAAAAAUAGCCGUCGCUAAGGCCGUAAACGUGUGUGCCUCGGCCGGUUAAUCUUUUUUAAUCGGUUGAGCCAUUCUACGUGCAAUACUUUCUGAUGCAGUGGGGCGCAAGUAGUUUCAAGUCUGUCGUGUGGGAAAAACCGAUGUCUUCAGACUUCAGACACAACCUCAUGUCUAAUCUUUUCAGCCACAUGGCCGUGUUCUCGGUGAAGUUCUCGCACGCCGGCGACGAAGUUCUAUGCGGCGCCUCGGACCACAGCCUGCACGUAUUCGACGUUCAAACCAAGGAGCGCGUCGUCAACAUCACCAACGCACACGAAGACGACGUCAACAGCGUCUGCUUCGGCGACGAAUCCUCGCAUCUGGUGUUCAGCGCCGGCGACGACGGCCUCAUCAAGGUCUGGGACCGGCGAGCUCUCAGAGAAGGCGACCAUCAUCCGGUCGGUGUCUUCGCCGGCCAUCGCGACGGAGUCACGUAUAUCGAUCCUCGUGGCGAUAAUCGGUGAGUUUUGAAAAUAUUUGAGGCUUGUGCGGAUCCUUGAAAGGUUAAAUUGAAGCUUCUAGUGAUAAUAAGAGAGGUGGGGACAUUUUGAUAGUUUUCGAACAGCUUCGAGGCUUUUAAGUGUAUCUUGGAGGUGAGAAAUUGAGAGUUCCAGCUUUUAGUGACACCUGGAGGUGUAAGUAUCAACGUAAUUCCAGUUAUCAUUUCUUGGUUAAAUUCCAGUGGCUUCUAAACAAUGUUGAGACUUUUAAUGGUACUUGAAAUUGGCAUUUUUAAAGUUUUAAGCGAUACCUAGAAAAGUUCAGAUUUUAAUAAUAAUAGAUGUGGCUAAAGUAUAUAAUCAAAACUAGUAAAUUUGAAGUAGCUUGUAGAGGGUUUUAAACUCGUGGGCGCAGAUAUGAAGGUCGUGAGUUUGUCUACAAUAUAAGCCACUAGAAGGAGUUUCAAAUGGCUGCUAUAAGAUUUCGAGCUCUUGUUUUUAUCUAAUCUGUGAAAGACUGUUUGAAGGUCUUAGCUAAUCAUUGAAUGGCGAGUUGAGUUUCAAGCCCAUUAUAAGGAUUCCAUUGAUGCUUCUACAACCACAGAAUCAUUACUGGUCCUUUGAAGGCUCUAAUUGGAGCUUCCAUGACAAUUUCCCUCCUUUUUAUCGUUUCAUCAGCUGACUUUUACCGGUGUUAUCUUGGUUGAUGGGGUGCUAUGUGAAAAUUGCAUCAUCCCUCAAAAAUUUCCUUCAUUUGUUUGAUUUCAGGUAUGUGAUCAGCAACUGCAAGGACCAGACCAUCAAACUGUGGGACUUGCGCCGAUUCUCCGACAAAACUGGAAUUGUGAGGAUUUUUUUUUUCCACAUCUGCGAUUUUCAACUUUUCAAAAUUUUUCAAUCAUACACUUUCCUCAAAAGCUUCUUUUCAUGCAAAGUAUAUUUAGAUGUUAAUUUCUUCAUAAAAAAAAUAGUUCUAGAGAAAAUGUCGCAAGAAAAAAAAGAAGCAGUUGUUCUAAUCCAAUCGAUCGAUAUUUCCAGGACGCGACGAAGAAAUGCGUCCAAUCACAACAGUGGGACUAUCGGUGGCAGCCGGCGCCCCCCGGCCUCUGCCAGCCGAUACACGGCGACACCUCCGUCCUGACUCUCCGCGGCCACAGCGUCCUCCACACGCAGGUCCGCGCCAAGUUCUCUCCCGAACACACCGGCAAACGGUACAUCUACACGGGGUGUGCGCGUGGCGAAGUCGUCGGUGAGUUUUUAUCCCAUUAACUGAAAUCUUUGUAGAGAUAGUUCAUGAAAACAAGGCAACAAAGCAAAAAACAGAAAAACUGGCUAAAAAUUUUUUCGAAUUUUAGCUCUCAAGGAAGGUCAUUUUCUAAAAAAGAAAUUGGCCAGAAUACACUUUGAAGUAUCAGGUGGAAAUCCUAAAAGCCUGAAAAAAUAUGAAUCUGCAAAAGUUUCGAGUUUUUGAAAAAGGGUACCUGAACUUCAAAGAAAAAGAAAAUCAUCAAAAUCCGUUGAAUCGGAAUUUUUUUGGACCGACCCCCCACAGGCGUGUCUCUGCAGCUCACCUGCAAUAAAAAGAAUCUUAAUUCACGUUUUACUUAACUCGUAACUUUUUUCAGAUUUGUUUUCUUGAAAUCACUAAUUUAGCUCAAAACAAAUCGUUCUCGAGUUUUCGACAAGUGUUUAUUCAUUUUUGUUCAGUUUACGACUUGUUGUCGGGAACUGUGACGAAUCGGCUCAAGGGCAACGUCGCCGUGACCCGUGACGUCGACUGGAAUCCACAGGAGAAUGAAAUCGCUUCGUGUUCGGUUGGUUUUUACAGAUAUUUUUGAGUGAAGGGUUCCGAAGUUCUUGAAUUGGUUUUUGUUUCAAAUGUUUUGAGAAGGCGCUGAGAGGAAAGUUCCGGCGCUUCUGAGCUCUUCAGUGAUGCAGUAGCACCUCUUUAGUGUUCACUUAAAACUCUCAUGAAGUUCAUAGAAUCGGACGAUCCAUCCCCGAAAAAAAGCCGAGAAAUUGGUUGAGAAAAGGAAUCUUGAAAUACAGUUCCUUUUUUAAAAGCUGUCUCUUCAUAUUUCGAAAAUCUCGGAUUACAGUGGGAUGGCACGACGAGCGUGUGGCAGUGGGACGAGCGGAAGAGCCACGUGACGUCACCAGACAGCGACAACGAGGACAGCUGCGACGAGUUCUACAACGACGUCGUCGAGGUCCGGAAAGCGCCGCCCAAGAAGAAGAAGAAGAGGGCGUCGACUUCGGCGAUAACCUCGACGCGACGUCUUCGCAGCGCCGUCGCGAACACCUUCGACGACUUCGAUGACGAUGAUUUUUCUGAUUGA